AUGGCCGGCAAGAGCGCUGCUCGCAGUUCCCGCGCGCUCGAUAGGUGGGCCCGGCUGGUCGGCUCCUUGUCGCACGGAGAUGACGCGGAGCCUGGGCGCGGCGGGUCGCCUCAGCCUCAGCAGUCGCCGCCGCCGCCGCCGGAGCAGCAACAACAGCCGCCGCCGCCGGCGCGAGGAGCGGAGUUCGCGGCGGCCGCGCGCGUGAAGAUGGCCGGAGUGGCCGACGCUGCCGCCGCCGCCACUGGCUCUGCCGCUGCGGAGGGCGGGCGGCGCGGGGCCCCCUCGGCGGAACACGCGCUCCUCCAGCCCGACGGCGAGAAGCGGCGCAGCAGCUGCACGGGAGCAGAGCCCCGGGCCCGGCAGCCCUCCCCGGCCAGGCCGCCCCGCUCGCCCUCGCCCGCCCCGCCGCCGCCCUCGCCCGCCCACCAGCCCCACCGCGCAGAGACCCUCGGCUUCUACGAGAGCGACCGCCUCCGCCACCUCAAGCAGCGCAGCGGGCCCGCAGAUCUUUCACUGCUGCGGUUUAUCAACGCAGAGCUAACCAGAGGUUACUUCCUGGAGCAUAAUGAAGCAAAAUACACAGAACGGAGAGAGAGGGUCUAUACGUGCUUGCGGAUACCUAGAGAACUAGAAAAGGCAAACGAGAAAAAACCGAGCCGCUCGCCUCGCGGCAGCCUUGAUCGAGCGAGUGCUGACCCCUCGCGAAAUGGCGUCGUCAUCCGAAAACGCGCCAAAUUCCUCGGUGUCGAUGUCGACAAGACUCCCUCCGAUGCCGAUCGCCCCCUGAAAAGAGCGGGCUCGGCUUCGAGGUCGGAUACCUCCACACCAGCCAAGAGGCCCAAGGAGGUAGAAGAGGCUUCCUCGGAGCCGAAAAAGAGGAAGAAGACGGACAAGCAGAAGCAUGCCGAAUCUGCUUCACGCUCCGUCCCGAAGUCUCCAUCCAUCCCGAAGGAAUUACUUGUCCCGCCGCUGAAGCUACUCGCAUCGCCGCGUCGACAGCAGAGCCCACCCAGACUGCAGUCGAUGUCGACGCAGAUUGCCAUCUCGUCGGACUCCGACCACGACCUCGACCCAGCUCAGCGGUCGGUGAGGGGGGAGAGUCCUCUGGAGGUUCAGGCGGAGCAGCGCAGCCCCCAAGACCGUGCCGGAGGCGUCAAGCGGGAUCGGUCUCGCAGUCCCCGCAGAGUCUCACCCUUGGUUCUGAGACGUGAAUCGGUACCGAAGGACCGAUCGGGCAGCUCGCAUCGGGACAGGUCUUGGAGCCCCUGA